CGCGCUGCAUUCUGGGUCUUGGCAAUAUGGCGUCCUCCUUGAUGUGCUGAUGAGAGGAGUUUCACUGUAGCUUCAAACCAGAGGGCAAAACUCCCCAAACCCAGUAAGCCCACAUUACGCGUUUUCUCCGCGGCUCCGUGUCGCCUGUUUCUUAGGACUCGUUCUCAGGCAGGAGAGAGCCACGGGGCCGGAGGCCAGGACCGGCCAGGCCGCGCGGACCCGGGGCUGAGGAGCCGGCUGCGGGCAAGCACGAUGGGCCCGUCCUGGCUCUGGUUGCAGCAGCUCCGGCGAGUGCGAGAUCCGCAGGGCUGAAAGUGGCUGUAGGAGACCCGAGGCGCUCUGAACCUCUUCCCCUCGGCCGAAGACCUCAGCCCAGUCGGCAAACCGGCACCAAGAGCGGGCGGCCUGCCUGUCCUCGGAUCGGCUGAGGCGUUGGAGACCGAGAGCAGGGUCAUCGUGAGGCCUGGAAUCUCGCACGCCUUUGACAGCUCCGCUCGCAGCCCCUCCGGGAACGGACAGCCUCAGAAGCAGCCGGUGACUUGGGAUCUGGGGGCGUGUGUGUCUGUGAGGAGCUCCUUGGGUUCCCUCAUUUCCCACCGCUCUUCCCACCCCUUCUGACUUCUCGCGCAGAGUUAGAGAAAAGGAUCUCAGACUUCUUGCCUCAGCGAGGAUCUCCGCACACUCUCCAUCCAUUUCUUUUUCUACUUUGCCCUUCUCUGUUUUUUAUUUCACCAAUUCUGGUACACACUAGUUUUUAAGGCUGGAGGUUCUCGAGCGCUUGCUGCCCAGGACUCCCCCACCCCCUCCCCCGCUGAUGGAAUCCGAGAUGCUGCAGUCGCCUCUCCUGGGACUCGGGGACGAAGAUGAGGCUGAUCUUACUGACUGGAACCUGCCUUUGGCUUUCAUGAAAAAGAGGCACUGUGAGAAAAUUGAAGGCUCCAAAUCUUUAGCUCAGAGCUGGAGAAUGAAGGAUCGGAUGAAGACCGUCAGCGUUGCCUUAGUUUUGUGCCUGAAUGUUGGUGUGGACCCUCCAGAUGUGGUGAAGACUACUCCUUGUGCACGUUUGGAAUGCUGGAUUGAUCCUCUGUCAAUGGGUCCUCAGAAAGCCCUGGAAACCAUUGGUGCGAAUUUACAGAAGCAGUACGAGAACUGGCAGCCAAGGGCGCGGUACAAGCAGAGCCUUGAUCCAACUGUGGAUGAAGUGAAGAAGCUUUGCACGUCUUUACGUCGAAAUGCCAAGGAGGAGCGGGUCCUCUUCCACUACAAUGGGCAUGGGGUGCCCAGGCCCACUGUGAACGGCGAGAUUUGGGUCUUCAACAAGAACUACACUCAGUACAUCCCCCUGUCUAUAUAUGACCUGCAGACAUGGAUGGGCAGCCCCUCCAUAUUCGUCUACGACUGCUCCAACGCUGGUCUCAUUGUCAAGUCCUUCAAACAGUUUGCCCUGCAGAGGGAGCAGGAGCUGGAGGUCGCUGCUAUUAACCCAAACCACCCACUGGCCCAGAUGCCUUUGCCCCCAUCCAUGAAGAACUGCAUUCAGCUGGCAGCCUGUGAGGCCAACGAGCUCCUGCCCAUGAUCCCCGACCUUCCAGCCGACCUAUUCACGUCAUGCCUCACCACCCCCAUCAAAAUCGCCCUGCGCUGGUUUUGCAUGCAGAAAUGCGUUAGUCUGGUGCCUGGAGUCACACUGGAUUUGAUAGAAAAGAUUCCCGGGCGGCUGAACGACAGGAGGACCCCCCUGGGCGAGCUGAACUGGAUCUUCACGGCCAUCACGGACACCAUUGCAUGGAACGUGCUUCCUCGGGAUCUCUUCCAAAAGCUCUUCAGACAGGACCUAUUGGUGGCUAGUCUGUUUCGAAAUUUUUUAUUGGCGGAAAGGAUCAUGAGGUCAUAUAACUGCACCCCCGUCAGCAGCCCACGCCUGCCCCCCACGUACAUGCACGCCAUGUGGCAGGCCUGGGACCUGGCUGUCGACAUUUGUCUCUCCCAGCUGCCGACCAUCAUCGAAGAAGGCACGGCAUUUCGGCACAGCCCCUUCUUUGCUGAGCAGCUGACCGCCUUCCAGGUGUGGCUCACGAUGGGCGUGGAGAACAGGAACCCACCUGAGCAGCUUCCCAUUGUCUUACAGGUGCUGCUGAGCCAAGUGCACCGGCUGAGAGCCCUGGACCUGCUGGGAAGAUUUCUGGACCUGGGUCCCUGGGCGGUGAGCCUGGCCUUGUCUGUGGGUAUUUUCCCCUACGUGCUGAAGCUGCUCCAGAGCUCAGCCAGGGAGCUGCGGCCUCUCCUUGUCUUCAUCUGGGCCAAGAUCCUCGCCGUGGACAGUGAGAAGAUGGAAAGCAUGGAUCAGAGAAGGAUGAGCAACUCUCCCAAGUUCACUCUGCUGACUGGUGAUCAGAUCUGGUCGUGCCAAGCUGACCUGGUGAAGGACAACGGCCACAAGUACUUCCUUUCGGUCUUGGCAGAUCCGUACAUGCCAGCUGAGCACAGGACCAUGACAGCCUUCAUUCUGGCUGUGAUCGUUAACAGCUAUAACACGGGGCAGGAAGCCUGCCUCCAGGGAAACCUGAUCGCCAUCUGCCUGGAGCAGCUCAACGAUCCCCACCCCCUGCUGCGCCAGUGGGUGGCCAUCUGCCUGGGCCGGAUCUGGCAGAACUUUGACUCGGCCCGGUGGUGCGGGGUGAGGGACAGCGCUCACGAGAAGCUCUGCAGCCUUCUCUCCGACCCCAUCCCUGAGGUGCGCUGCGCAGCAGUCUUUGCCCUUGGCACAUUUGUGGGCAACUCCGCAGAGAGGACGGACCACUCCACCACCAUCGACCACAAUGUGGCCAUGAUGCUGGCCCAGCUCAUCAACGACGGCAGCCCCGUGGUCCGGAAGGCAUUUAACAGGCUGCGUCUUCUGGCAGCUUGUAUAAUAGGCUCCUUCCUGCCUGGGAGCAACACUUACACACAUCAGGAGAUUCAAAAGAGCAGUAGCCACCCACAGACAGACGGAAAGGAACUGGUGGUGGCUCUGAGUCACCUUGUCGUUCAAUACGAAAGCAAUUUCUGCACCGUGGCCCUGCAGUUCAUGGAAGAGGAGAAGAACUACCCACUGCCCUCUCCAGCCACCACAGAGGGUGGGAGUCUGACCCCCGUGCGGGACAGCCCCUGCACCCCCAGACUGCGCUCCGUGAGCUCCUACGGAAACAUCCGCGCCGUCACCACGGCUAGAAGCUUGAACAAAUCUUUGCAAAAUCUGAGUCUGACAGAAGAAUCCGGCGGCUCGGUGGCCUUCUCCCCUGGGAACCUGAGCACCAGCAGCAGCGCCAGCAGCACCCUGGGCAGCCCCGAGAACGAGGAGUACAUCCUGUCCUUUGAGACCAUCGACAAGAUGCGCCGAGUCAGCUCCUACUCUUCCCUCAACUCCCUCAUCGGAGUUUCAUUCAAUAGUGUUUACACUCAAAUUUGGAGAGUCUUGCUACAUCUGGCUGCGGAUCCCUAUCCAGAUGUUUCCGAUUUGGCUAUGAAAGUACUCAACAGCAUUGCCUACAAGGCCACAGUGAACGCCCGGCCUCAGCGCAUCCUCACCACCUCUUCCCUCACUCAGUCGGCACCCGCCAGCCCCACCAACAAGGGCAUCCACAUCCACCAGGCGGGAGGCUCCCCGCCAACAUCCAGUGCAAGCAGCUCCAGCCUGACCAACGACGUGGCCAAGCAGCCGGUCAGCCGAGACCUGCCUGCAGGCCGGCCAGGCACCACAGGCCCCGUGGCGGUGCAGUACACACCCCACUCCCACCAGUUCCCCCGGACACGGAAGAUGUUCGACAAGGGCCCAGACCAGACCACUGACGACCCGGAUGAUGCUGCCGGGCACAAAAGUUUCAUUUCGGCCACAAUGCAGACAGGGUUCUGCGACUGGAGCGCGCGGUACUUCGCCCAGCCUGUCAUGAAGAUCCCGGAAGAGCAUGACCUGGAGAGUCAGAUCCGCAAGGAGCGGGAGUGGCGGUUUCUGCGAAACACCCGCGUCAGGAAGCAGGCGCAGCAGCUCAUCCAGAAGGGUAUCACAAGGCUGGACGACCAGAUAUUUCUGAACAGGAACCCUGGUGUCCCCUCCGUGGUCAAAUUUCACCCCUUUACGCCGUGUGUGGCCGUCGCUGACAAAGACAGCAUCUGUUUUUGGGACUGGGAGAAAGGGGAGAAGCUGGAUUAUUUCCACAACGGAAACCCUCGGUACACGAGGGUCACGGCCAUGGAGUAUCUGAAUGGCCAGGACUGCUCACUCCUGCUCACAGCCACAGAUGACGGUGCCAUCAGAGUCUGGAAGAACUUUGCUGAUUUGGAAAAGAAUCCAGAAAUGGUGACGGCCUGGCAGGGGCUCUCCGACAUGCUGCCCACCACCCGAGGUCUGGCCCGAAAGGUCUCAAUCUUUCUUGACCGCAGUAAGCAGGGAGGAGCUGGGAUGGUGGUGGACUGGGAACAGGAGACCGGGCUCCUCAUGAGCUCGGGAGAUGUGCGUAUCGUCCGGAUCUGGGACACGGAUCGUGAGAUGAAGGUGCAGGACAUCCCCACAGGUGCCGACAGCUGCGUGACGAGCCUGUCCUGCGACUCCCACCGCUCCCUCAUCGUGGCUGGGCUCGGCGACGGCUCCAUCCGCGUCUACGACAGGAGGAUGGCGCUCAGCGAAUGCCGCGUCAUGACAUACCGGGAGCACACGGCCUGGGUGGUGAAGGCCUACCUCCAGAAGCACCCUGAGGGCCACAUCAUGAGCGUCAGCGUCAACGGGGACGUGCGCUUCUUCGACCCUCGGAUGCCGGAGUCCGUGAACGUCCUGCAGAUCAUUAAGGGGCUGACGGCCCUUGACAUCCACCCCCAGGCAAACCUGAUCGCGUGUGGCUCCAUGAACCAGUUCACCGCCAUCUACAAUGGCAGCGGAGAUCUGAUCAACCACAUCAAGUACUACGACGGCUUCAUGGGCCAGCGAGUCGGCGCCAUCAGCUGCCUGGCUUUCCACCCGCACUGGCCUCACCUGGCCGUGGGCAGCAACGACUACUACAUCUCCGUGUACUCGGUGGAGAAGCGCGUCAGAUAGCGGCCCCUCCCCACAGGCCGCCAUGUACAUAGUGGACCCACCGCACUGCCCUGAGCACCUGCCUGACCUGGCUGCUGAGGGCUCGAGAGGGCCUGCACUGUCUGUCUGUCUGUCUUCGCUGUCACGCCCAGGAGCCCAGAGAAGGGGGCUCUGCUGGAGUCCUCGGUGUGAUGGUUGCUGCUCUGAUGAAACACAGCUCCUGGCCUGAGGACACAGUAGCUGUACAUCCCAGUCCCCUUCCCGUCCUGUUUUCUUCUGAGGUUUUUAAGGGGGAAACACUUGUUUUGUUUUCCGAGUGAUGCAUUAGUCCACAAAGGCUCCAGACGGAAGCCAGCCUCCCGGGGCUGCACGCCGUGCCUCCUCCCCCCCACCCCCGGGUGUCCUCCUGGGGAUGGUCUGAGCGCACUGGAUGAGCUUGAGAUGGAGUGAAGGACAGAUGGAGGCGGCCUGCCACCCACUGGGUCCUCACCCCGGGCCCAUCCGGCCAAACGGCGAGGCCGAGCGUGCCCCUCCCCACACAGCCACCCUCCCCGCAGGCAGGACUUCCGUCUGAGUGUCAGCUGUUCUUGCUGCAGGUCUGUCAGCAGGAGGGGCCCUGGUUUGGAAGGAGAGACAGGUCCCGUGGGCCACAGAGCUUGUUUCUCUCAAGUGCUGCUCUUCCCCAGCAGGUGUGGGAACCGUGGCCUCCCCACCUGCACCCCACACGCAUCACACGAGCACACAUGGAGGGGCCACCAAGCCCCAAGAGUAUCGGGGUGAACGGUGCCACCCCAGCCCUCUGUCCCCACACAAAGGGGUGCAGCUCAUGCUUGCGAGGGACACGGGAGAGCUCCCGGGAGGGCAGCAGCUUCACAUAUGUCCAUGCACACGCGUCUGGGACGGCGCGCUGAGCAGCCACACCUGGAACACGAGACGCAGCCACAAUGAUAUUUUGAAAAGCAUUUUUUCCAUUUUCCUUGGGAAUCAGGAUUAUUCAGAAAUAGAGGGAUGAGCUGGCUUAGCUACUUCUGCCAAUAAGAGGCCAAUAAUAGUGAGAAUGUGAGGGAGAGCCAUGCUGUGGAUGUGGGUGGGCUUGGCGGGGCGCAGGGCUGGGCAAGGGGAACAGCCCUUCUGCAGCCCAUAGGCCAUGCCUGCUCCCCUGAGAAAGUUCCAGGACAGCGUCCGCCAUGGUCUGGGCAAGCGAGCAGCGUGGGGUCGGGGAGACCGCAGAAAGCUCAGCUCCCCCGCACACAGCCGGUCACCUCCACCCGGCGCUCCAGACGGCGACUUCGGAACCUUCCAGAAGCUGAGCUCCACCCACAGAUGCAGAGUUGACUACCCACAGCCAAUUCACGGAGCGGUUCCACUCCAGAUUUUGAGCUCAUAUGCGGUUCUGUUUGUUUUGAGACAAAACCAUCCCCUGGCCAAGCGCAGAGGCCCCGCAGAGGGGCUGUCUUCACAGGUCUGAUGCGAAAAUUCAAUCAUGAAGUUACAGAGUCUCGAGAGAGCGUGACCUAAGGGUUCAUUUAUCUCUAUUUAUUUUACCAAAAUGAGAAUUGAAAGACUUUGAUGAAACAUGGAAUUGUAAUACGAGAGUAAGAGCGAUAAACUGUUAAUAAAAGAUAAAUAUGCAGA